CAUUGCAUUCUCUUGGCCAGUGCAAACAGAGGAGCCAGCUGGUUGCAGAAGGCGGGGAUUGGCUGGCAGAGCCCAAGUCACCAGGCUUCCCAGAGCCAGGAAGGAUGGAGGAAAGGAGAGAGAUUGGUGGCCUCCUGCGUAAGAGAGAUUCUGGAGAAAACGAAGCGUCCCAGAACGUCAGCUCAGAAGUCCUCUGCACGACCAGAUAUACCGAAGAGGGAAGUUGUCCAGAAAAAGAGGCCAAGAAACCAAACGGAACCACCGACACGAAGCGGGCAGUGAAAGGCGCCAUUUUCCAGUGCGCCAGCCGGAGAAGGAGUUUCCCUCGAUGGCACAGACUGGCCGUGAGGAACCAGAAGAUGCCCCCAGCGGAGGAGGAGGAAGAAGACGACCCCAACUCCGGAGGAAGCAGGGGCUUGUGCACCUAUGGCGCAGGAAGAGCGGACUUGGCGGGUGAAGAGCUGCGCAGCGCUGUCCGAGUUGGGGAGGGCAAAGCGACCCAGAGAACGGGCGCCGCGGAGGGAGACUUCACCUGCGGGGAGUGUGGGAUAGGCUUUGCCUGGCGGUCAUCGCUGAACACCCACCAGCGCACCCACACCGGGGGGAAGCCCUUUGGGUGCCAGGCGUGCGGGAGGCGCUUCAGCCAGAAGCAGCACCUUGCCAAGCACCAGCGGACCCACUUCCGGGCGCGGCCAAGCCCAAGCGCCUGCCCCGAGUGCCAGCGGAGCUUCAGCAACAAGGCGGUGCUGCGCCUCCACCGACGGAUCCACGCCUGCCAACGUCGGCUGGUUUUCCAGGAGCUGAAGGAGGCCUACCGGGAGACGGUGGCCAGGCAGCGGGAGGAGGCGCGGGCCAGCCUGGGCUGGGCGCCAGCGCGGCCCACAGGGCGCCGUCGGGGGGUGAAGAAGUUCAUCUGCAGCGAGUGCGGCAAAGGCUUCACCUGGUGGUCCUCGCUCAGCAUCCACCAGCGCAUCCACACAGGCGAGAAGCCCUUCCCGUGUGCCCAGUGCGGGAAGAGCUUCACCCAGAAGCCCAACCUCCUGCGCCACCUCCGGUACCACAGCGGCGAGAGGCCUCACGCCUGCGCCGAGUGCGGAAAAGGCUUCACCCAGAAGCAGCACCUGCUCAAGCACCAGCGGACCCACGCGGCGGAGAAGGGUUUCCAGUGCCACACCUGCGGGCACACCUUCCCCACCAAGGGGAGCCUCACGGGGCACCAGAGGGAUGGCCACGCGGGAUCCGAGGCCCUGGCGGAGCGGGAGAGCUUGGAGGCGGUGGUGGAAUCGCUGAUGGCCGGAGGGCAGGGCCUUUUCCGCCCCGCUGAGGUCUCUGGGCAGCAGGGCGACGACGGGCAGCCGGUCUUGAUCGUCGAGCCGGGGACUCGGCCGCUGGCUCUGUCGCAGACGAAGAAGGGGGUCUUCUGGAAGCCUGAGCUGCCCAAGCCCCCCGCCCCGGAACAGAAGCAGUACAUCUGCAACGAGUGCGGGAAAGGCUUCGUGUCGUGGUCGGCUCUCACCAUCCACCGCCGGAUCCACACCGGCGAGAGGCCUUACCAGUGUGGCGAGUGCGAGAAGCGCUUCAGCCAGAAGCCAAACCUGGUCCGGCACCAGCGCUACCACACGGGGGAGAAGCCCUACCCCUGCGCUGAGUGCGGGAAGCGUUUCGUCCAAAAGCACCACCUCGCUAAGCAUCAGCGGGUGCACAGGAAGGGCGCCCCGCAAGGGCCGGCACCCGCUCUGAAGGUGGAGGCGCGGUAGGGACCGCCGGCUUGGCGGGUCGUUGCCAAAACUUGACUUUCUUGCAGGCCAGGACAAAGAGUGUGCGUGUGCGUUUGUGUGUGUCUGUCCGUCCGUCCAUCUGUCCAUUCUGCUUAACUGUAAUCUUCUAUUUUGCGUUUGUGGUUUGCAAGAGUGUGGUCUUGCUGCGGGAUCUGCUGCGCCAAUGCUGUACCACAGGGGUCAGCAAACUUUUUCAGCCGGGGGCCGGUCCACCGCCCCUCAGACCUUGUGGGGGGCCGGACUAUAUUUUGGAAAAAAUAAUGAAGGAAUUCCUAUGCUCACAAAUAACCCAGAGAUGCAUUUUAAAUAAAAGGAUACAUUCUACUCGUGUAAAAACACCAGGCAGGCCCCACAAAUAACCCAGAAAUAAAAGGACACAUUCUACUCAUGUGAAAACACACUGAUUCCCGGACCAUCCGUGGGCCGGAUUUAGAAGGCGAUUGGGCCAGAUCUGGCCCCCGGCCUUAGGUUGCCUCCCCAUCCUGCGUUGGGAUACCAGGUCUGGGUAAAGGGCAACAACAUGGACUCAGCUGCUGCUCCUUUGCAGGUUUCCCCACCCCAGACUUAGGUCAAGAGCGUGUCCUUUGCAUAAGGGCUCCCAAAUAGUAGUCACAACAUUAAGGAGCCUGAGCGUGGUCCAAAAGAUUUGGACUACAACUCCCAUCAGCUUCCAGGUGUGUUGAGCUGUGUCAGUUAAUGGGAGUUGUACUCCCACACAUCUGGAGGGUGGCCAUUCGUGGUUGGCGCAAAGGAGAAGCGUUGUAUGAGGAUGGGCAGGGCCUUCCUGGUGUUGGGACCUCAGGGGUUGUGCCUGAUGCAGAAUGGAUAUGGUGUUGCUCAGUGUCCUUUGCUGGGUGGUCAGAACAGGUCAAAAGAAGUUUCCUGGCUGAUGUGUGAGGUGUGAACUUAUUUCCUGGUGAGCUUGUCCACAUAUCCCUGAACUUAACUGAAGUAUGGAGGGGACAGCCACCUCAUACCAGGCACCAGGGCACUGCAUGUGACCAACCAUGUCAAAUAUAGCUCACCAGGAGCUGGGUAACCUCUUUUUUGCCAUUUUUCUGCAACUGCGAAAAUAAGGUAGUUGUCGAAAGUGUUGUGAUCCAUUCUGGCUGGGCUACAUUCAGUGUAGCACAACCUUCAGCAACCUGGUGCCCUCUGAGGUAUCUUGGACUACAACUCCCAUCAGCCCCCAGCCAGCACAGCAUGAUGGGAGUUGUAGUCCAAAGCAUUUAGUAGGGAACCAAGCGGCGAAAGACGGAAAGGCUAUUAAAAGUUUCUUUUUAAAACUUGCCUCUUGCAUCCUUUCUGCAUCCAGCAAAAGUUCGGAGUUAGCUCAUGACCUGGUGCUCCUAGUUUCUAACAGACUCCAAACUUUGCCCGGCUCCUCUCAUCGCUGACCCCACAGAGACCCCCUUCUGGAAGGAAGCAAGGUUUCUUCCGAACCUUAGGGCAGAGUCUUUGGUGCCCAUUGAGCGUUAAAUUUCUAAAGAUUGGAAAGAAAUCUUAACAACUUGCUCGUUUCAGACCCGCGGAGAGGACCGACGUUCUUCCAAAGGGCAGAUCCACUCCUGCUCAUUCAGACAUAACCCCUUCAUUCUGUCAUGUGUGAAUCCGUGCCUCAAGUGCAUUUACCGCAGGGAGACCAUUGGUCACUUGAGAGCGGGGCCUUUCCUUGGGGGGGGGGUGGAGAUUCCAUUAAAACAUCUGUGAAAUGUG